AUGUCAAGGAUAAUAUUUUUUAUUGUGUACACAUUAUAUUUAUUGGAUGUAUCUACCGCCACUACAGAAUGCUUAUGGGCUACAGGGAUUCUGGAAUGUAGAAGGAACCAAAGCAGAGUAGAAGGAGCUGUGGUUGAGGUUUAUGAUCUAGACGGUCCGGAAUCGGUAAGAACUGCAUUUAUAAAGAGCGUACUGGUCUUACAAAUUUUUUACUAAUAGUACUAGUUCAACACUAGUACUCUUAAUUCCAAAAAAAACUUUUCACCGUCAUUAAAAGCGCAUACGAUGAAGAUUGGAAAUAAAAUGUGACCGACGAGAUUUAAUGCCGUAUAAAACUUAAUUGGCUUUGUUUAUUUUCGCAAUUUCACGUGUCAACAAGUUAUGACAUCUUCUAUUUUCGAAAUUUUAUGGAAGAAAAAGAUCGUGACAUCUUUAAUAUAGAAUUUCAGAAGAUUAAACAUCAUAUUUUGCUGUUUUCCAUUGGUCAAAAAAUAUGUGAAAAGACGGUUUAGGCUUAAAUCUUCUUGUUUUCUAUUUAUUUUUUGACCAAAAAUUCAAAAAAAAAUUAAAAAAGUUUGAUAAAAUGACAAUUUGUUUUACAUUAACUAUUUGCUUUACCACCACUUUUCACUUUACAAUCCCUUUUAGAGUUCACUAACAAACCCCCUGGACCCAGACGACAAGGUUGGCUUCUCCUACGUCGACAACACUCAAGGCCUUUGGAACGUUGAAGGCUGUGCCGCCGACCAAGACUGGAUCCCCGGGAUUCCAAACCGACCUGAAUUCUACAUCAGGAUAUUUCACAAGUGUAACAAGCCUGAGGGCGAGUUCAAGAGGAUAGCUCCGGUGUUUCGAGUAUAUACUCCAGAGACCUACGACUAUCAUAUACAACAUCCGAUAGUGUUGGACCAUGAUUAUAACCCGAAAGAUGAUGAAAAAGCCUUUGAAUUUGAUCUUGGAUCUGUCUGA